AUGCAAUGCAAAAUAUCAGAAGUGAUACAAAAGGUCCUCUCCCAGGAGAUGGAGAGAGACGAGUCAGUCUAUGUGCUCGGGGAAGAGGUUGCUGUCUACGGAGGAGCGUAUCAGUGCACAGCAGGCCUGCUCGAUAGGUUCGGGUCUCUGCGCGUGAUUGAUACGCCUAUUUCUGAAAUGGGGUUCACAGGGAUGGCUGUGGGCUCUGCCUUCAUGGGCCUUAAGCCUGUGUGCGACUUCAUGUCCUUCAGCUUUGCUCUGCAGUCUCUGGACCACAUAAUAAACUCUGCUGCAAAAACCCUCUACAUGUCAGGAGGAAGGCUGAACUGUCCCAUUGUCUUCAGAGGGCCCAAUGGAUUUGCCUACGGAGUUGGAGCCCAGCACACCCAGGACUUCAGCGGAUUCUAUGCCGCAAUACCUGGGCUAAAGGUAGUUAUUCCUUACUCCCCGCGUGACUAUGCAGGAGUUCUCCGAAGCGCCAUAAGAGACCCCAAUCCCGUGGUUAUUUUGGAGAAUGAAAUAUUAUACUCCCGAGCUAUGGAGUGUGACGAGUCUAUUUUUGACAAAGAUUUUUUGCUUCCCCUGGACAAGUCCAUUAUUGAGUCAGAGGGCACUGACAUCACCAUUGUAGGCAUUGGGCUGACGGUGGGCUUGUGCCUGGAUGCUCUCAAAGUCCUCAAACAGCAGAAAAUCUCUGCAGAAAUCGUAAAUGUUUUGGCUGUAAAUCCUCUGGACAUCAACACAAUUGAAAAGUCAGUUAGAAAAACAAAAAAGCUGCUUAUUGUAGACUACGCCUGGCCAGAGUGCGGGGUUGCAUCUGAGAUAUCGGCAUCGAUCUCUUCUCGCUUGUUCAACCUUCUUGAUAAGCCUGUGUACACGCUGUGCAGCAAAAAGAUACCCACCCCGUAUGCCGAAGAGUUGGAGAAGGCAAUGUACCCCAAUGCAGACGACAUAGUCACAAGCGCGCACAUUCUUCUCUCUAAGAUGGAGUAUUCGAAUAAAAACUAA